GUAACCGACCGGCUUGCUUUCAUAUCAGCCACUAAGCAACCACCAAACCAGGAGGUCAGGCAACACAGUGCAAGUCAUCCUGACUACAUAGUUUUAUAUCAGUUGUUGGAGGUUGUACUAUUGUUUGCUAGCCAGCUCUUAGCCAGCAGUUACAGUAGCAGACACUCAUUAGCAACUUGUUAGCUCUCCACCAGAGAACCACAUGGAUCCCCAAAACAGCAACAUGGACAGUGAGGCGAAGAUGUUGCUGAGCCACGCCAAGACUCUCAGGCUGCAUACCGGGAAUUUAGUCAACCGAAGUCGGCUGAAAAAGAAAUGUCCGUGCUCUCCAAGCGAAGAGCUUCAAGACUGCAUUAAAGCCACACUGACUGAUUGGUCUUCUGCAACGAAACCGGCAUCCAAGGACUUCCCGGACACACUGGACUGCUCCAUCCCCCAGGCAACAGAUGCUAUUACGCCUGAAGAGAGGGAGGAACUGAGGGUCACAGUCAAGCUGUUCCUGUGUGAGUCGGUCCAGUCCUCCAUCAGAGACGCAGUGGAGAAGGUCUGCCAGACGCUGGCAGUCUCCCAGCUCGACUCGGUCAUCAUAGCUCCAACAUGGCCUCUGGAGGGUGACAGCCAAAGUUUGGCUCACCUUCAGCCGGCUUGGGAGGAGCUGGAGGCUCUGGUCAGGAGCCAGCAGAUUGCUGCUAUUGGCACCUCUGACCUGGACAAAGAUCUGAUGGAACAGCUCUACAACUGGGCUCAGGUGAAGCCCAGCAGUAACCAGGUCAACCUGGCCUCCUGCUGUGUGAUGCCUCCUGACCUGACGGCCUUCGCUAAGGAGUUUGACAUCCAGCUGCUCACACACAACGAUCCUAAAGAGCUGAUGUCAGCAGCCACCUUCCAGGAGGCGGUGCAGGAGGGGACGCAGGACCUGAACAUCGCGGACUGGAGGCUGCAGUGGGUCCUGCGCUACUCCAUUAUUGUUAAGAGCCGGGGCAUCAUCAAGGCUAAGGGCUACCUGGUCAGUGCGCGGAAGGCGAGCCCCUAGCACACCCCACUGGAGGAGAAGACACAUGGAUGAAGCCAUUUUCCUCCUUUUCCAUUGACACACACACACACACACACACACACACACACAACAUGCAAAGUAAACAGCUCUGAUGGAUGCUGCCAAUCACCAUGGGUCUCAAAGUCAUUGUUUUAUAUAACAGAUAAAGUUGCAUCUUGAUCAUGUAUGAUUUCUUCAGUUGAUGCAAGUGCUCAUUCCUCUCAGUGAGAUCUACAGACUGUGAAGAACAAACUGUGAAAGGGAGCUUCACAGACGACCAGUUGAUUGACAGACGGGCACAUUUGUCACCACAGUAGACGCUGCUUUAAUGAUGGGAAAUGUUGGUUGCUAAACUUUGAUCCAAGGUAACGGAUCCUUACCCUCGUUCUGACUUGAAGUGCCUCUCAUCUUUUUCUCUCUGUCCUUCGUCUCCACCGUGUCGAGUGACUCAAGCUUUAAAUGUUUCAGUCUGAAGGAAAAGAUUACUAGUAGAUAAAGCAAAAAGUAGAGAUUUCAUUGUUUUUAGUACAGAUAUUGGAUUUCUCCUGCUGCGUGUGUGUGUGUGUGUGUGUGUGUGUGUGUGUGUGUGUGUGUGUGUGUGUGUGUGUGUGUGUGUGUGUGUGUGAGAGAGACACACCAUUUGCAUUCUUCAAUUGAGAAAAAGGAUGCGCUAAUUCAAAUCAAACUACAUAUGAGAUGUUUAUUUUAUGACGAUUGACUUUCACUGGUACAGCAGACAACUACGUGAGUGUAUAUAACUUUAUUUUAUCAUACAUUCUUUUUCUAACCAUGCACUGUUUUUGACGAUGCAUUGAAAUGUUUACCCACUUGGUGCUCGAGAUUAGUCCGAGGAUUGAGAUUACAGCAAUAUUUUGAGAUUGACAUCCAUAACAGGCUUAUGUCCUCUAUAUGUGUUGUUGUUGUUGUUGUUGUUGUUGUUGUUGUUGUUGUUGUAGCACUGGAAACUCCGUGCCAAGGAGAAGUUCACAUAUGUAAACUCUGAGGAGGAGCUUUUAUUUAAGAAUCGUGGUUGUUUUUCCAGACUGGAUCCAGGUAAUCUCACUAUCUGUUGUGCUGUAAACAUAUUUAAUGUUGUCUUAUAUCUGUAUAUCAUGAAUUGGCAUUAUUAAAAAUUAUAAAACCGA